AUGGAAUGCACAUCUAUCCCACUGAUAAAAAGCUUGCUCCUAUUAUCUCGGAAGUACGACCAGUUACUAGCCAAGUUUGAGGAAAUGGUGAGCACCAAAGUCACUACGGUUGGGGUAAGCAUAGCGGACUGUGCGACGCAAUCCUCCCCAUUAAGUGCUGAUCCUAUCCCGAGAAGGACGGCUACUAACACGGAAAGCAACACGACACGAAGAGCCCAGAACAACAACUGUUGUUCCAAUACCAUGCGUGGCUCACGUUUGACUAAUGCGGUUCCCAGUUCGAUCGCAGUAACUACACGUAAGGCCACUUCCAAUCUGCCGAAGGAGUAUGUAGAAAAUCUGCAAGCUGGUACUAGCGAAAGUUGGGUUACGGUUACUUCUGUAAGACUAGUUAAGACUAGUCCGAGAAGGUGCGCGAAAUUAAGCGCGGACAUCAGAAGGCAAUCGGAGUCGGAGACAGCGGACUGCACUGGAACCCCAUCAGUAUCCGCUUCCACUCCCUGA